AUGAGUCAAUUAAGCAAGAACGAGCAGCUUUUGUUAUCUCAAUCAUCCACUGCUAUCCCAAUUCCAAAAAUAGCCCUCGGUUCGUCUACCCACAGAAGCGAGAUUCGCCACGACUCGCCUUCAAACAAACCCGUUGCAAUCUCACAAUUCAAAUUCAACACUAGCGAUGCGCGCAUAUUUACGCAGGCUGCCUCUACUGGUGCUGACAUUGAGCAGAUAAUCGAAGAGGAGGAGAAUAAGAGAGAAAUGGGCGAAAAGGUCGAAGUGAUCGAAAACAUGGAGGAGAACGUGAGGGAAGCGUAUAUAAGAGAUGAAGAAAAGGCGCUGGAUGAGAGUAUACAAGAUGAAGAAAGGAGGCGAGCAGAAAGCGAGUUACCAGUCUUGGAUAAAGUAUUAAACAACGAGUCGGGAGCUCCACUGAGUCUGUAUAAUUUCUAUGCUUAUUUGAGAGAGGUAUGGCAAGCUGAAGAUAACCUCAACGCCUGGUUGGAUAUCAUAACGCAUGAGAAGGCUUUCAAGCGCUGGGUCGAGACUGAAAAGAAAAAGAAAUCCGAUCCCACAUCAAGUAAUCUCACCUCUCGUCGCUCCCCGCCAUCUUCACCGUUAUAUCGUGAAUCCUAUUCUGGUGCUCCGAGUGUAGUCUCUGAAGAUAGUGCUAGUCAUGCAAUAGUGUCGGUCACAACCGAUGAGGAUCAAUCGGUCAUUCACAGCGACCGAUUGAGCGGCGUCUCUAGCGAACGAUCUACCGAGUUGCGUGUUACGGAAGACAGCCUAAAAAAAUCGGCCAAAGAGGUUUAUCGCAAAUAUGCAAGUUUGAAUAUAUUUCCAGAGGAAAACAAAAAGACCAUGCAUGAUCUGAUUGAGCGCCAAGGCCGAUACAACCCGGUCGUGUUUGCUACAUCCAAGGCUUACGUGUAUCACAUAAUGUCCGUGGUCUAUUUCCCGAAAUUUAUCCAAUCUGCCGUCGAAACAAAUCUCACGGCCAUCCACGCAAUCAUUGCGCUUCCUCUCGGUAUAGUCGCGCUGACUGGUGGCAUUUCGUUGAUUUUGUUUUAUAUAUUUCAAGGAUCGGAAUCGCGAUCAGUGAGGCUCUGGGGUUUCAUUCCUAUAUGGUGUGGAUGGAUGCUGCUGCAAAUAGCGGCAACGAGGUUUGCACCUCCGUUGGUUCUACUUAAACUGAGCGAACAUAAACUGUUUCGGUUUCAUAGGAUCAAGGAGAAGGGAAUAUUAAAAGCACAUAGGAAAAAGGCGAUGCAGCUCCUUGUCUGCGACACUCUUGUUGCUAUUUUCAAUAUCGCUUUGUUAAUGGCUAUACCACCUAUGGCCCUGUACGAACAGACAAAGCAGUCAUAA